AAUAUUAGGUUCUCUUUUCCAGUAUAUGAUGUAUAUUGCGUCUUUAAAUGGAAUGACUGAUUGAAUUAGAAGAAUAUUCAACAUAAAAUAACUUUGGCAAAUGCCUUCGAAUGCCGAAAGUGGUCUACAGCCCAAUGAGGAGAGACCUCAUACUUUAUACGUUGCUCCUGGUAUAAAUACGUCAUGGCCUUUAGGAGAUAGAAAUAUAUCUUAUACAAUUCCCUCUGGUACCUGGUGGCCAUGGUGUGAUUACUGGAAAGAUCCACAGCAUCUUUUAUAUCAGUUAGCAAAUUUUUGUUUCGUUGUAGCUUAUUCCUCGACUUGUUCUAAAAGAGGAGUUUUGUUUAUGCAUUCUUGUUUGAUUUUAGGUUUGUUAUUAUUUUCAACAUGGGCUUGGAAUAUAAUUUGUGCUCCGGAUGUGUUUACUUGGAAUUUUGCUUUCAUGUUGAUGAAUAUGGCGCAAGUUUUUCAUAUUCUUUAUCAAAUAAGACCGGUUAAAUUCGAUCCAGAGCUAGAGGAAGUGUAUCAUACACUUUUUGAACCAUUUAAGCUAAGUCGUCUCCAGUUUAAAAGAAUGGUUAGUUCCGACUUUGCUCAGAUAAUGUCAUUACAUGCCGGAGAAGCUUAUGCCGUUCAAAAUUUAACAAGAACCGAUCGAUUGGGCUUAUUGCUAUCAGGAAAAGUUAAUGUACUGAACGAUCAAUUCUUGCAUCCAAUUCUCCCUUGUGAAUUUUUAGAUUCACCCGAAUUCGAAUCCAGCAGGAACACCGUGGACGAUAAAUUUAAGGUUUCCAUAGUAGCGGCUAGCACUUGCAGAUAUCUGUAUUGGCAAAGAAAUUCAUUGGAAUAUUUAUUUGUUAAAGACAAUUAUAUAGCUACUUUAUUAACAACUUUAAUAGCUAGAGACGUUGCUACUAAAUUGUACGCCAUGAAUAAUAAAAUAGUUACAGCCAAAGGAUCCCAUCUUGAUAUUCGACUUCCUAGUAUAACGUCUUCUUUGGCAUCAGGAGGCGAAUACAAGUCACCUAUUCGUUCCAAAAAAGCAAAUGGAGGAAUCGGAUACAGUCCGGAAUUAUUUUGUAGCGAAGUUCCGAAACAUAAAUAUCGUGAAAAUACAAAUACGUCACAAAAUUGUUAUUUAAGUGAAAUGGAACCGUUAACCGAAUGUCCUUCUGUCGACGAUUUAACAUCAAACGAUGUAGAAAGUUGGUUAGAGACUAGUUCCAAGUACCACAGCUGUGAAAUUGUUGACAUGGAUUGAACUCAAAUUCUUACCAAUCAAUUUAAUUAAAAAAAUUUAUGAUAAAUUA